CAGGCAGUGGUAUCAUGGCUCUGGAGUCGUGUAUCGCUUUUUUAUUAGCCGAUGAGUUGGACGCUGAAGAAUAUGCGCUGUUCGGACCUAAAGCUCCCGUCAUAACACGAAGAAUCAGAGAUGAUGAUGAUAAUGAUGAUGAUGGUGGUGAAGGUGAUAGAGAUGAUGGGGAUAAGAACUACUUCAGUGCUACUGUGCCGAGUCUCUCUGUUCUGGAUUUUCAGAAGUACUUUCAGCUGACACAGACCCAAGUUGAAGAGUUGGUAAGGUUACUGUCACCUUGUGAAUGGGCCACCAGUAAGCUUGAAGGAUGGACUGUGACACAUGCAGUGCUGGCUAGUUUGUGGACACUCUCAACUCUUGAGCCUCACGUCAGUGUGGCAGCACGCUUCCACACUAAUGAGGCUAUAAUUUGCCAUCAGUUGAAUGAAUUCUGUAGCCUUGUAAUGACAAACUUUGUAGACAAGAUCCGCUGGCCCAAGUGGAAGGAAGCAGAGGUUUCAGUGUCUGGGUUCUCUUCUAGUAUUGGGUUACCAGGUACUCUCUGUGUUGUGGGGUCCUGUGUCAUUCCUAUUGAAAGGCCUACUGAUGUGACCGAUCCAGAGGCUUAUCAGGACUCUGAAAAUGCAUAUUCUGUAAACCUCAUGACUUUCUGUGACCAUAAAGGUUGCUUUACCUUCGUUACAGCAGAGCAUCCAGGGAGCUGGCAUAACUCCAAGGUCUUUCUAGAGACAGAGGUAGGACGAUCACUGCAGGAUGACCCGCUGAAUCUGCUACAUGGGAAGCACAUCAUAGGUGAUGCAACGUUUCCACUGUCAGAACACCUGCUCACUCCAUUCCCAGACUACGGAACACUAGGAGAGAAGAAACUGCGUUAUAAUUUAAAGGUUGGAUCUGCUCUUAAAAUAGUGCAUGGCUCUCUUUAUAGUCUAAGGAGCAGGUUUCAAAGGCUGAGGUGUUUACAAAUGAAUACCAUAACUCAAACCAGCCUGGCUGUAAAGACCUGCUGCACUUUAUAUAACAUGUAUUUGGAGACUAAUAAUGUAGAUGUAGAAUGUUUGGAGGAACACUCAAUUGUCCAAGAGCCUUUUCAUGAACUACCUAAUGGUCAUUCUGGUAGUCUUGGUGGAAUAUCCAAAAGACAAGACAUUGCAGCUUCACUUGGGAGAAAGCCUAAAAAAGAUUCCCCAAAAACAUACGGCAGGCAGUGGUAUGAUGUGUAAACAGUUUUUAAUUUAAUGUAUUCACUGUUUUGAGUGUAUUCUUUCCUUCUUUAAACUGGUAAAAUGUCGUCACUAACAUUAAAGUGUAGCCCAUUUUUAUACACACAAUUAUACACAGAUUAGCCACCAAACACCGUUACCUGCCUAUUAUGCUUCUUUAUGCCACAAAAUGACUUGAUAAGACCUCUAAAGAUGACAGACAUUAUAGCAGAUUCUGAGCUGUUCUGAAAGAGGAACAUAUAGUUUUAACAUGUUUCCUGUAUAAAAGUUUAAUGAGCACUCUCAAUUCAAAAUGAACAGCAUCAUAAAAAAACUUGCAUUAACAAUACCAUUGCAUCGACCUAGCAACCCCACAACAAUCUAUGAUAAUAUAAGAAUUACAAAUCAAUUAUUUAUUUUAGCUCAUGUCUGAUAACAGGCCCAACAUGGAGUUACACCAAUCACUGUGAAAACACAGACACAACUAGAUUGCAGUUCCUACAGAAACUGCGAGUGUGAUUGCAGUGCUGGCAGGGGUACCCAAACUUUUGACCAGUUGCUCCAUUACACACAGUACUGGAGUUCUAGCUGCCGUCCUUCGAUCUAGCUGCCAUCCUCCGAUGGCCCCAUUCAUUCCUAUGGGGCCACUUCGUACGACAAUAGUACGAAAUCCGUACGUCGUAAGUUUUCGUGACGCAUAUUUUCGGAAAGAGCUCAAUAAGUUCUACAGGUCCACAAUUGGUUUCAUCUUAGUAUCUCAAAAAUUGUGAUGUACACGGCCGUACUGAUGUACACGGCAUACUGCAAUCACACUAAUAAGACUUAAGAAGAACAAUACUGUGAUUGCAUACUGCAAUCACACUAAUAAUGGUCUUCCCUUUUAUUCUAUUGAAAUGAAACCAACAUAAUUUCUACCGCUUUUAUUUUUACCAAUUUGCUUUGCUUGCUGGGUGACCAUGCCAUUUAUAGAUCCUGACAUCCUUUACACGAGAGGUUCUUAACCUGGGGGUCAUGACAUAGGGCUUGGGGGGUCGUGAGAGUGAUGCUAAUUGAGGACAUUUUCUCCACAGAUUUCAGAUCAGGACUUUACCAAAGUCAUCCUUUCACUGAAUCAAAGUGAAGUGCUUGUUAGAAGGUAGAACUGGAGGCUAGAAUGCAAUAAAUUAUUUGCAGAAACACCCAACACCAGAAUUUAUCUGCAAAUCAGGAUUUUGUGCAAUUUGACCAAACAAAGAUACUAGUCAGCACACAAUGGUAAUGACUAAGGUUGCUUUCACACCUGCCUCGUUUGGUCCGGACUUUCGGACUAGGUGUUAAAGGGGCCGCGAACCACGAUCCGGACCAAAGGGUCUUGUGAACCAUGGUCCGGUUUGCCUGCAGUGUGAAAGCGCUUUUCUGGAUGGUUCGAACUUUCGGACCAAUUACAGGAAGCUGAGCAGGCGUUCCUCAGAAACGGCAGCAGAAGAAGAACAAUAACCAUCUACUACUAUGGAACGCCCUUUGGGUCUUUACGUCUACAUUGACGUCCGUGUUAACACGUCCAAUUUGAACGUCUUAAGACGGCAAAUCUUACCGUGUUAACACGUUACUUUUGGACGUCUUAAGACGUCCAAACGUCUUAAGACGGCAAAAUGUGCCGCGUUAACACGUAACUUUAAAAUUGGGUGCUACCACUGCACUCACAUCUGAGGCGGGGAAUCCAAACACUGCAAAAAAGCCCCUCCAAAGACCCACCCUGACCUUGCCCCAAAUUACUCUCACAGAUAAACCCACCCGGCACACAUGGACCAUUGCGAUUACAACUUCACAGCUGCGUAUAAGACAUGUGAUGCAUACGUAUCCUCAGAAACAGCCUACGUAGAGCCCAUGUGACCACAACGUAGAGCCCAUGUGACCACAACAUAAAGCACAUGUGACCACAGCGUAGAGCCCACGUGACCACAACGCAAACCCUACAUCAACAAGGGGUGGGUACAUUUGAGGCAACCAAUAGUAUGGAAGUACUAUCAUCUAAACGUCUUAAGACGUCCAAAAGUAACGUGUUAACACGGUAAGAUUUGCCGUCUUAAGACGUUCAAAUUGGACGUUUUAACACGGACGUCAAUGUAGACGUAAAGACCCAAAGGGCGUUCCAUAUACUACUGACUGCAGCCUGCGGGAAGGUGGAGUUAGACGUCCAGCGCGUCCAGUCCCACCCACUUUGUCCACGCUACGCCUUGUCAGUCUCACAAGCUUGUAGUGUACACACAGUAUUUAAGCCAGACGACGCGGCACAUUAUAUUUAAAGUCCGCUAACUGCCCUGUACAUUGUUUACUUCCGUUCAGAGGCGGAGCUAAGACAUGAUGCUGACAAAGUGGGCUCCCUAAACUGCAGUGUGAAAACAAAAAUAAGCGGACCAAAUAUAUACAAUGUUGCAAACACAUGAACCUUGGUACCAUUAGACACUGGAAAUGGAAAGACAGAUAAGAGGAGAUAAAUUAUGUUUGUCAUUGAAAUCAAUAGAGAUGGGCAGAGCUACUCAAUAAAAUGCAAUCAAACAACAGAAGCACAGAGAUGGCCUGGGAUGGAUUCACUUUUGAAAGUAGUUCAUUCCAUUCGUUUCUACAGUCAUUAAUUUAUACCAGUGACUAAGGUAUUGUGGACAAAAAAAUUACAGCACAGUUUUUAUACUGAAUUUUGAUUUUUAGGGAUGAAGAGCUCAUCCCUACAUUACUGUCCAACCCUUGAAUGAUCAACCCUAAAAUGAAAGUUUUCAAUAGUAUAAAAUCCAUUUGGUUCCAAAUAAGUAUAUAUGAGUAUACAGUUGUGUGAAAAAAAGGUUGCCUCCUUUAUUUAUUUUUGUGCAUGUUUGUCACUCUUAAAAAUUCAGAUCAAACUAAUAUAAAUAUUAGUCAACACAUGUAAACACAAAAUGCAGUUUUUAAAUGAAGGCUUUUAUUAUUAAAGGAGAAAAAAAUCCAAACAUCUAAACAUACCCCUUUGCCCCCUAAAUCUUUACUGAUUGCAACAACUGCAAUCAAGCGUUGCGGUAACUUGCAAUGAGUCUUUCACAGCAAUGUGGAGAAAUUUUAGCUCCACUCCUCUUUUCAGAAUUGUUGUAAUUCUGCCACAUUGAAGGUUUUUUUUACUUCAGCCACUUAAACACGUUUUAACACCACUGUAUUACUGCACCUUACAAGUAUCAGUUAAGCAGUAGGACACUAGGUUGGGGACAUAAGUAAAUAAAAAAAAUGGAAAUAGUAAAGAGGUAAUAAUAAACAGUA